AUGGAACCACAGGCAAAAAGGCGCAGGAUUGAACCUGAGCACACAAUUCCAGGUGACACACGAUCAUUCGGUGGGCCGCCGCACGAAAAGUUUCAGCCACAAAGCAUUUCAAGUGGAUUCAACGGCACUGGAGUUGCCAACAACGGCAGUUUCAAUGUUGCCGGAGACUUUUACACUACAGCUGGAGAUGCUGCGAACACAGCAAACGCGGCGACCACGCGGCGCGAGGAACUUCUCGACUCCUUGCGGUUUGAGCAGAUUGAAUCCCGGCAACUAAGCAUCAAGAGAGCGCAUGCCAAAACGUGUAGCUGGUUCUUGAAAGACCCGAUGUAUAAGAGAUGGGGAAACAGAGCAGAAUCACAAAAGAAUGAGAACUUUCUGUGGAUCAAAGGGAAACCGGGCGCUGGAAAGUCGACUUUGAUGAAGUAUCUGCAUGGACAACUCAAAAAACAGCUCCGCACAAACGAAACUCUGAUUGCUUUCUUCUUCAACGCACGAGGCAGCGAUCUAGAAAAGUCGACAGAGGGCAUGUAUCGAUCCCUCUUGGUGCAACUCCUGGAUGGCCGUCCAGAGCUGCAGCACGUACUUGAUCGAUUGAGACCCGGCUGUCAGUGGACCAUUGACCUGCUCAAGGAUGUGUUCGAGCAAGCUGCGGAGCAACAAAAUAUUGUUUGCCUUAUCGAUGCGUUGGAUGAAUGCGAUGAGGGUCAAAUACGAGACAUGGUUGACUGGUUCGAUGCCAUCAUCCAAGCAGACAUCAAAGUCCACGUCUGCUUCGCAAGUCGGCACUACCCGUAUAUCAACAUACAGACAAGACUGAGUGUUACCCUCGAAGAUCAAGACCAGCACGAAAAUGACAUAUCCAGCUAUCUUGACGCGAAACUGAACAUUGGACACAGCAAGCUGGCUGAAAAGAUCCGUCUGGAGAUGCGAGAAAAGGCUUCUGGGGUUUUCAUGUGGGUUGUUCUCGUUGUGGCUAUGUUGAACAAGGAAUACGGCGAGGGCAACAUACCCAAUAUGCGCAAACGUCUCAGGCAAAUUCCAGGUGAUCUUCACGAACUAUUUCGCAGCAUUCUUACCCGUGAUGACCAAGAUCGGGACGGGCUGUUGCUUUGUAUACAAUGGGUGUUAUUUGCCAAGGUCCCAUUGACACCUAAGGAGCUCUAUUUUGCAAUAAUCUCAGGUUCCGACUCAGAAUCUUUGCCCGACUAUCAUUCGAACAAUAUCUCAGAGUCUGAUAUGCAAAGAUACAUUCUGAACAGAUCAAAGGGCUUGACAGCGCCAACAAGGCUGAAUGAGAAACCGACCAUCCAAUUCAUCCACGAAUCAGUCCGAGACUUUUUUCGUAAAGGAGACGGGAUGAGCCAGAUAUUCCCCAAUUUGGCGAACAAUAUGUUUGGGUCCAGUCAUGAAUCACUCAAGGUGUGCUGUCUGAGAUACAUUGAAAUGGAAAAGGGAAUCGGUUUUGAAAAAUCCGACCGAGAAGACGCGAUGGCCAAAUUUCCAUUCCUGAAAUAUGCCAACCAGCAAAUCUUAUACCACGCCGAUCAAGCAGCAAGCAAUGGACUGGCACAGCGAGACUUUUUGGCGAAAUUUCCGCAUACGGAUUGGGUGAGAAACCACAAUAUUCUCAAGAGACAUCAGCCAUAUACAUCACAAGUAAGCAUGCUGUAUAUUCUGGCCGAGGCAGGCACGACCUCGUUAAUCGACGACCUCCCAGAUAUUCAGUCCUGCUUUGAUGUGGAAGAGGAUCGCUAUGGGCUCCCCAUUAUCGCUGCCAUGGCUUUGAACAAUUUUGACUGUGCCCAAGAAAUUCUCAGAGUACAAGCAAAGCGAUUUUCAGAAUUUUGUUAUGAGCAAUUCUGUGAACGCUGGUCUUCGGUCCUUGCGAUCCCGAAUCGUGAAACCAAUUUUAACAGCCUGCUGGAUUACUCUUUUGAUAGAAAGCAACCAAAGUUUCACGAGAUCAUUAACUAUGGAGGCGAAUUCUUGUCACUUUUCUUCCUUCAGACGGAGGGUUUCGGCACUGACUCCAAAGACGCCCGCGGACUCACUGCUUAUCGCAUUGCAGCAAGCAAAGGUUAUUGUCAUCUCUUGGUGGAGUUGCACCACAGGGGCGUUGAUAUCGAACUUUCUACAGGCCGCAGAGCGCUUCAUGUUGCCGCAUCGGCCUGCAAUUUCGCAGCAGCGAAGCGGUUGAUCGAUGGUGGAGCUGAUGUCUCAGUUGUUGAUGUACAGAAUAGGACUCCUUUGAUGGUCAUCCCUUACGACACACAAGAUGCCAUCGAUAUCAUGAGAUUGCUGAUUGAACAUGGUGCUCAGGUUUCGAGCGCCGACUUCUGGGGAGUAACAGCACUGCACCAUGUCUCUCGGUCCAAAAAUGGUUGCGAAUUGGCUAGACUGCUCCUUGAUGGUGGGGCCAGUGUUGCAGCUGUGGACAAAGAGGGUCAAACACCUUUACAUAAGUGGUGCUGGGGAGAUUGGUUCAUACGGCAUGGCGAAGGUAGAGCUGCACACCAGCGACAAGAUUACGCAACCCCUAUUCCUGAGGGGUAUCUCAACGUAGGGAGGCUACUUCUGGAUCGUGGUGCUGAUGUCGCCGCUGUCGACAAAUAUGGCCAAACAUCUUUGCACUACUGCAAUACUCCAGAGACUGCUGAACUUCUACUCAGCCACAAUGCUUGCAUCUCCGUUAUUGACCAUAACGGAAACACGCCCUUGCAUUGGGCGGCAGGCCGACAUGAAGCAUACUUGUGCCAGUUAUUGCUCCAACGAGGUGCCGAUACUACGGCUCUUAACAAGGAGGGGCAGACACCAUUCGACAAGCUCUCUAUUAUUCAUCGUUUGACCUUUGUAUCACUUGAAGAUUGGAUGAAGAAAAUGAUCGUCGAAGAUGAAGAUUGGAUGAACAUAGUGAUCGACGACGACGACCCAAGAUACGUUCGAGACGACGCAAAUACAUCCUUAGUUGAACUAAGAUAUGGCCAUCAGUUAGGUAGUUAG